AUGCUGGCUGGCCUGCUCGCCGUCCGGCGCCGCGCGGCGCUGCCUGCGGCCGCCGCUUACCCGCGCCAGUGGACGGAGACGCACGUGGCGCACUGGCUGUGCUGGGCCAUCCGCGAGUUCUCGCUGGAGGGCGUGGCCAUGCAGCACUUCCGCAUGCAGGGCAAGGACAUCUGCGCCAUGGGCAAGGAGGCCUUCCUGGCGCGCGCGCCGCCCUUCAUGGGCGACAUCCUCUGGGAGCACCUCGAGAUCCUGCAGAAAGAAUUUUAA